UCCGGUUGUUGCCGGGCCCUAUAUCCGGUGUCCGCCCGCCCUCGGCUCCGCAGCCGCGAUGCUGUCCCGGUCCCGCUGUGUGUCCCGGGCAUUUAGCCGCUCGCUCUCCGCCUUCCAGAAGGGGAACUGCCCUCUAGGGAGACGUUCCCUGCCCGGGGUCUCCUUAUGCCAGGGACCAGGUUACCCUAACAGCAGGAAGGUUGUCAUUAACAACAGUAGUGUCUUCAGUGUUCGCUUCUUCAGAACUACAGCUGUGUGCAAGGAUGAUUUGGUUACAGUCAAAACCCCAGCAUUUGCAGAAUCUGUUACAGAGGGGGAUGUCAGGUGGGAGAAAGCUGUUGGAGACACAGUUGCGGAAGAUGAAGUGGUUUGUGAGAUUGAAACUGACAAGGUAGGCUUAUCNNUUCCAUCACCAGCAAAUGGCGUGAUUGAAGCUCUUUUGGUACCUGAUGGGGGAAAAGUCGAAGGAGGCACUCCGCUUUUCACACUCAGGAAAACUGGUGCUGCUCCUGCUAAGGCCAAACCAGCCGAAGCUCCUGCUGCUGCAGCCCCAAAAGCAGAGCCUACAGCAGCGGCAGUUCCUCCUCCCCCUGCAGUACCCAUACCCACUCAGAUGCCACCAGUGCCCUCGCCCUCACAACCUCUUUCUAGCAAACCUGUGUCUGCAGUAAAACCCACUGCUGCCCCUCCACUAGCUGAGCCAGGAGCUGGCAAAGGUGGUCUGCGUUCAGAACAUCGGGAGAAAAUGAACAGGAUGCGGCAGCGCAUUGCUCAGCGUCUGAAGGAGGCCCAGAAUACAUGUGCAAUGCUGACAACUUUUAAUGAGAUUGACAUGAGUAACAUCCAGGAGAUGAGGGCUCGGCACAAAGAGGCCUUUUUGAAGAAACAUAACCUCAAACUAGGCUUCAUGUCGGCAUUUGUGAAGGCCUCAGCCUUUGCCUUGCAGGAACAGCCUGUUGUAAAUGCAGUGAUUGACGAUACAACCAAAGAAGUGGUGUACAGGGAUUAUAUUGACAUCAGUGUUGCAGUGGCCACCCCACGGGGUCUGGUGGUUCCAGUCAUCAGGAAUGUGGAAGCUAUGAAUUAUGCAGAUAUUGAACGGACCAUCACUGAACUGGGAGAGAAGGCCCGAAAGAAUGAACUUGCCAUUGAAGAUAUGGAUGGUGGUACCUUCACCAUUAGCAAUGGAGGAGUUUUUGGCUCCCUCUUUGGAACACCCAUAAUCAACCCCCCUCAGUCUGCCAUCCUGGGCAUGCAUGCCAUCUUUGACAGGCCUGUGGCUAUAGGAGGCAAGGUGGAGGUGCGGCCCAUGAUGUACGUGGCACUGACCUAUGAUCACCGGCUGAUUGACGGCAGAGAGGCUGUGACUUUCCUCCGCAAAAUCAAGGCGGCUGUAGAGGAUCCCAGAGUCCUCCUCCUGGAUCUUUAGGAGGAAGCCACAUACCCAACAAAUCAUGCAGGAACUGAAAAACCAGUCUUACCCCUGCCCCCUCAUGGGUCCCAGGUUAGCCUGGUGACAGGCAGGCACAUGCUGUUGGCCUCAAGCAAGGAAGCAGAGCACUAUGUAACCAGCAGUCACAGGUCUUUUCUUGGUGUUCCUGCCAGGCUCUCUCCCUCUCUGCACCUGUCUCACACCCUUGACUAUCUUAAUUCCUUAGGCUUGAGAGAGAGAGAGCCUUAAUGGAUGCUCAUUAAUAUUCCUGCCUUUCUUCCAUCAGCCCUCUGCAAAGAUGAUUUUCCUUCUCCCUAGUGCCAGUAUACUAUAGAGAAACCCCUGGGGACCACAUGAUUAAGUUUCUGUCUUCAGAAAGUCUGUUCUACAGAGACGACUAGGAGGAUGCUGUGCCUCUCAAGCUCAGAGCAGCCUCUGUCCUGGCUGUGCACAUUCUCACUUGAUUCCACCUGUGUGGAGAGAUUGAACACAGGCAGAGGUGCUGCUUUGUUUCUUAAAUGGCACCUUCAUUCUCUGUUGUCAUUGACUUCAAGAUGCCUCUUCUACCUCUUCCAGGAAGCACAGGCCAGGGGAUCUCGGUGGGUGAGUGGGAGAAGAGGGCAGAGGUCCCCUGAGGUCACAUGUAAUCCUCAUGCAAGGAGAUCCCAGACCUGCCCUCACGCUCUCCAUCAUAGGCUCACACCAAGAUCUGUCUUGGCACAGUCUCUCACAGCUGGGGUUGUGGCAACCCUUUCUAAACCCUUUCCUGGUUGCUGGGCCUCAUUCCAGCACCUUGUUCUUAUUUAGAGCAGAUUCUACCACAUCAUGGCAGUGGGACCAAGCAUGGUCCCGAGGAAGGGCCAGAGCCUGGUAGAGACUAGGGAAGGGAGGUCUCCUUUAGACUGCCUCAAAUUGACUUGAGCUUUUCAAUUAAGUUGGUGUAAGCCCGUGAGCUGAGGAGGCAGUUCUUGUUCCUUCCUGCGUUAUAGCGGGGACUUGUCUCUUCCUCUGCAGGACACAGAUCUGGAGGACAAUGGACUAUGGUAGGAAGCCACCCUGAGGGUGUUAGUACAUUGUGGUGAAAUGGUUGAGGUCAUUUCUAAGGUGUGCUACCCUUGGAUCUGGGCACAGUCAUUGGAUUUCCUUGGAGUAUGGUUAAAUGCAAGUAUCUUGUGGAAGCUAA